CACUUCCCCAUUGGUCUCUCUGCUAUCUCUUGCUUCAGUCUUGCGUGUACUACUAUAUAUUCACACACUCCCUCUUUCUGUAUUUUUCCAUUUAUUUUUUCAAACAGGGCAUGUCAACAACCUUAGUUAUACCGAGUGUGUGUUUGUGUGGCUUGUUUGUGCAGAGCUAGCAGCUGAUUUCGGACUGAGUAUUUCAAUCAUCUUCCCCAGAACUACUACUGUAUGCUGACAAGCCCGGAUGGCGGAGAGGGCAGUGCCACAAGAGAACACAGGGAUCAAUACAGGGAUCCAACAGUCCAAUGGUCCAUACCCUGAAGCCACAGCUGAGUGUCUGGACCUUGAGGAUUCGCAUCAACAGGGCGCGUGUGUGUAUGACCUGUGUCCAGGCCCCAGUUCAUCCUGUAUGACCACCAAAGAGCUGCAGCAGCACUGGGGCGCGGUGAAGCACAGACUGAAGCCGGUCAAGCUGUUGUUUGAGAUUCCUUCUGCACGCACCAUAGCGCAGCACCUGUCCAAAUACGUUGUGUACCAGAUCGUGUUGAUCCGGUCAGGCAGCUACGACUCCAAGCGUGUGUCUGUCGAGCGUCGCUAUAGCGACUUUGUCCACCUCCACCAGCAGCUCCUUGAAGACUUCAGCGAGGAGCUUGAGGAGGUCAUACUUCCCCGGAAACUCCUAACUGGAAAUUUUAACCCUGAGACCAUCUGGGAACGCCGCCUGGCUCUGCGGGACUACCUGGCCCAGCUCUAUGCAGUCCGUUGCGUCCGACAUUCCCACCACUUCCUGGAUUUCUUCACUGAGCCCGAGCAAAGACGAGCGCACGGCCUGCUCCGAGCAGGGCAGUUUGGGCCAGCUGUCGCUCUACUAGAGACUGUCCUGGAGCUUCAGGAGAAGAUGGGAGGGUGGCAGAGUCCUGUUCUGCUGGUGCCUACGCUGUGUGCCCUCACAGUGUGCCAGAGAGACCUGGAAGAGCCAGAGUCUGCGUUCACCAUGGGCCAGAGGGCGCUGCCCACGGGCACUCCAGGAACUCAGGAUCAUGAUCCCCACCACAAUUGCAACACCGUUGUCCUUCUACACACCAUUCUUCAGUAUACUCUGUUUGUUUGCACACACUUGAAACAUGGCCAAAUCCUUUACAAUUCUUACACUGCAAUGGUAAUUGCUCUUUAUCGAAAACAACAGGACUGACAGACUUUCUUCUUUUUUUCCAUUCACCCAGCAGGUCAGACGCUGGGCACCAACCCCACCCGGAAUUCUCUUCACGUAUUCAACCUGAACAUCCGUCGUCACCCCUGAGAUGACUCCUUUGACGGGUGCUCUACUCCAAAGUUCAAAACACAAAACUUCUGUUGUCCGGAUUCUUUUGAGGCCCACUGCAAUCUUUCUCUGCUCGUCAUAAAUAUAAUUAAUCAAAAUAAGACCACUCCUGGUAACUCUGACAGACUACACUUUUUCAAGCACAUACAACAUUUUCAACACCUCAUAGAGGUUUCCUACAUAUGCAUCCUUACUCAACAACCGCAUCCCAACAAGAAGCGAUUCAUUAUCAUUUACACACGUAUCCUCCACUCCAAUUUUAGACCAUUUCCUUUUUGUACCAGUUUUCGAUAUAACUGUUGUCCAUUCAGAACAUUUGUCUUCACCAAAUGUACUCGACAUGCUGUUUCAUUCAAACUGAUCAACCACCUGUCUUCUUCUGGAUCCGAACCUUCCUCUUCUUCUCUGCUCAAACGCCACUCUUGGAGGUAGACUGAUAAAAAAAAAUGUUAUGCAUUUUAGCUAACCCUAACCCUUUAACUAACCUUAACCUAAUUAUCCUGUUCUCCUAAACCUUCUAUGAAAAGUCCAUUUUGACAAAAGCUGUAUCCCGUCUAGACAAAACUCAGUAGACUUGAGGUAGGUGCGUUUCCAAAAUGUACAUUAUAGUCCUUUAGCAGACUUACAGUUGUGAGUGGAUAUACUUUUGUGCUUUUUCCCUGUACUGGUCCCCCGUGGGACUCAUACCCACAACCCUGGCGCUGCAAGAGCCAUACUCUACCAACUGAGCCACACAGGAGUUUAACAUCACUGUUUUUGGCUGUGCCAAUACAAUUAUUUAGGUGGUUAAAUAUAGUUUUUAAAUCAGUAAUAAUAACCACUGAAAUCCA